AUGUCCACCAGCGAGACAGCUGGAGGAACGCUAGAAACUUCUCUGAUCAUGAAACCAGUUCAAGAAAAACAUUUUGGUGUCUACAACGUGACAGCUGACAACGGGUUCGCCGUCGGAUGGGGAAAUGUAGAAUUAAAAAAAAGUUUGAACCAAACUGAAGCCUACUCAAAGAACAUGGUCCCUGACGGAGCACAGCAGCAACCAGGCUCUCAAGAGGGGAGUGGGCCUACAACAUCAAACAAAAUCAGGGUUCUCAAAAGGAACAACUACUUAUCCUGCUUGAGAGGCGGGGACCAGGGGGACCAGUUCUGCAUUUUAACCCAAUCACAGCAACUCAGAAGUAGGGGCUCAUACGCGAUCCAAAAUUUGUCAACGAAUUGA